AUGAACCAGGGCAUGAGAGGGGGAUAUGAGACUUUCUAUUCUGAAUAUCCUGAAUGCUGUGUGGAUGUAAAGCCCAUUUCACAAGAGAAAAUGGAAACCGAGAGAGCCCUCAUCAGCCAGUGCGGGAAGCCAGCGCUGAGCACCAGCUACAGGCCGGCCUAUGACCAGGGCAGCCCGGUUGAAAUCCUGCCGUUCCUCUACCUUGGAAGUGCCUACCAUGCGUCCAAGUGCGAGUUCCUCGCCAACCUGCACAUCACGGCCCUGCUGAACGUGUCGCGGCGGGCCUCCGAGGCCUGCGAGCCCUGGCUGCACUACAAGUGGAUCCCCGUGGAAGACAGCCACACGGCAGACAUCAGCUCCCACUUCCAAGAGGCCAUAGACUUCAUAGACUGUGUCAGGGAAAAGGGAGGCAAGGUCCUGGUCCACUGUGAGGCCGGCAUCUCCCGCUCGCCCACCAUCUGCAUGGCUUACCUCAUGAAGACCAAGCAGUUCCGCCUGAAGGAGGCCUUCGACUACAUCAAGCAGAGGAGGAGUUUGGUCUCGCCCAAUUUUGGCUUCAUGGGCCAGCUCCUGCAGUAUGAAUCCGAGAUCCUGCCUUCCACACCCACCCCCCAGGCUCCCUCCUGCCAAGGGGAGGCAGCUGGCUCUUCCUUUAUAGCCCAUUUGCAGACACUGAACCCUGACUUGGAGGGUUCCUAUUGUACCUUCCCUACCUCAGCGCUGGCGCCAAUGCCCACCCACUCGGCAGUCUCCGAGCUCGGCAGGAGCCCCAUGGCCACAGCCACGUCCUGCUAAAACGGGUGGGGAGCCAGCCCAGCCCUACGAACAACUGUGAUUUUGUUUUUUAAACUCGCGGACAUUUCAUACCUGUGCAAUACCGAAGACCUCACUCUGCGCUGGAUGGAUAGUGAGGGUCUCCAGACUUACAGACGAACUUCAGACUGAACUCGGGGAUGGGUCUUCGGGGCCGAAGGGAGGCCAAGCCAUCAUGAGAGCACAGUGUGUGCUGCCCACUGUACCUGCAGUCCUCCUGCCCUCGGGACUGCCCAGUCCUUGCACCUCAAAGUUUGCCUUUUCAUUUCAAGCGUAAGGCAAUAAAUACCUGCAGCAGCGGGGGAGAAAGCAGUUGCUAGACCAGGAGAAAAGGCCGUUUUGAAGCCAAUUCAUUUUGAAGGAAGCACAAUUUCUACUGUAUUUUUGUAACUGGCAAUCUCAGCAUCUGCCUCUAGUGAUUCAGGGCCUAGGCUUGAGCACCAUUUCAUCAGGAAAGUAACCCCACAGGGUCUGUAGGGACACAGUGUAGAUGCUGAUUUGAACCUCGAGAGCUCCCUUGGGUCCAGUGGAGGUGGUUGGUAGAAGUCGCAAGACACUGGUUCCUCUGGGUUUUCUUUUCACUGUGGGCUCUUCCCUGACCUUGAACUUUGGCAUGAUUCUUCCUCAUACUUGAACCUUUCUCCUUGCACCAUUCCUCGAGGCAACUCAAUGCCAGUUGAAAAGAGUCAGUCAAACCAUAGGCCAAAGCCACCCCUGUGCGGUGGUGGCAGUGGGUGCCAGGAGCAAGAGGGUGCCUGCUGCCUAGGUCAGUGGCAUCCAAGGUCAUUCCCCAGCUUGCUGUCCUUCCAUGUGCUUGUCUGUCUCCUGUGACAUUUGUUUUUUUCCCUGCCCCUGGGGGUUGUCUCCAAGCUGUUGACUUCUGGAAUUUUCAGAUUUCAUGAUGUGGUACUACUGCGUUUUUGUCUGUAGGUUCUCUCUCCAGGGGAAAAGGCAAUAAUUUCCUAAAAUCCAUAUGAAUGUGAAGAAAAGCAGUAUGUUACUGGUGUUUUGUUUUGUUUUGUUUUGUUUUGUUUUUUAUAGUGUGAAAUAAAAAUU